AUGUCUAAGCAACAACCAGCUCAGUUUAUAAAUCCAGAAACUCCUGGCUAUGUUGGAUUUGCAAAUCUUCCCAAUCAAGUUCACCGAAAAUCAGUGAAGAAGGGUUUUGAGUUCACACUAAUGGUUGUUGGGGAGUCGGGCCUGGGAAAGUCGACCCUCAUAAACAGCCUGUUCCUGACUGACCUCUACCCAGAAAGAGUCAUCCCCGGGGCUGCAGAAAAAAUUGAGAGAACUGUCCAGAUCGAGGCCUCCACGGUGGAAAUUGAAGAGCGAGGGGUCAAACUGCGACUGACGGUGGUGGACACACCUGGUUACGGUGACGCCAUCAACUGCCGAGACUGUUUCAGGACCAUCAUCUCCUACAUCGAUGAGCAGUUUGAGCGGUACCUUCAUGACGAGAGUGGCUUGAACAGGCGGCACAUCAUAGAUAACAGGGUUCACUGCUGCUUCUACUUCAUCUCCCCCUUUGGACAUGGACUGAAACCCCUGGAUGUCGCAUUUAUGAAGGCGAUCCACAACAAGGUGAACAUUGUCCCUGUCAUUGCCAAGGCUGACACCCUCACUCUGAAGGAACGUGAGCGCUUGAAGAAAAGGAUUCUGGAUGAAAUUGAAGAACACAGUAUCAAAAUCUAUCACUUGCCUGAUGCCGAGUCGGAUGAAGAUGAAGAUUUUAAAGAGCAGACCAGACUUCUCAAGGCCAGUAUCCCGUUCUCGGUGGUUGGAUCCAACCAGCUGAUUGAAGCCAAAGGCAAGAAGGUCCGAGGCCGCCUCUACCCAUGGGGGGUGGUGGAGGUGGAGAACCCGGAGCACAACGACUUUCUGAAGCUGAGGACCAUGCUCAUAACUCACAUGCAGGAUCUCCAGGAGGUGACCCAGGACCUCCACUAUGAGAACUUCCGCUCCGAGAGGCUCAAGAGAGGCGGCAGAAAAGUGGAGAACGAGGACAUGAAUAAAGACCAGAUCUUGUUGGAAAAGGAGGCAGAACUUCGACGCAUGCAAGAGAUGAUCGCCAGGAUGCAGGCACAGAUGCAGAUGCAGAUGCAGGCUGGGGACGGGGACAGCAGUGCCCAUGGGCACCACGUGUGA